UCAUUCCUCACCUUAACCACUCUGCUUCACUCUCUAUCUUCUCCCUCUUCGAAUUUACAAAACAGAAAGAGAGAAAUAAUCUUUAGAGAGAGAGAGAGAGAGAGAGAGCGAGAAGAACAAGAAAUGAAUUCGAAGAUCGUUCAAGCUAUCUUCAUCGUUGCCCUAUUCGCUACCUCAUGCCUAGCUCAAGCUCCUGCUCCUACUCCAACAACCACCGUCACUCCUCCACCUCCUGCCGUCGCAACACCACCACCGGCAGCAGCUCCCUCCCCGUCCACCAGUACUUCUCCACCUGCCGCAACCCCUGCCCCCACAGCUACUCCUCCUCCUGCGUCUGACGUCCCCACAGCUUCCCCACCUGCACCAGAAGGUCCCGGAGUUAGUCCCGGCGAUCUAGCCCCGACCCCUUCAGACGUUGCCGCUCCUCCACCCAACGUUGCGUUCUCAAACAAAGCUUUCGUCGUCAGUACCACUUUGGCUGCAGUUAUUUACGCCGUUGUAUUGGCUUAGGAUAUUAUAAAACCAUUUCAUUUUUUUUUUUUAAUAUAGUGUCGGUGUUAAUUUCGUUAUUUGAAUUGUUUGUUCGAUUUGAUAUGAUCUGUGGGGGAAUGAGUAAAUUAUUUACGACGGAGUUUAUUUAAAUGGGCUGUUGACACGUAUAACUUGUCGUGGUAUGUUGCUAUGUAAAUCCUAGCUUAAUAAAAAUCAUUUUCAUUCAUU